AUGAUGGACUUGUUGAUGUCGCGAUGGACCUGGAGUCGAGGCACAGUCCGGAUGAUGAACAGCAGCUGCUCGCGAUGACGACAACGACCACCACCGUCACGGAUUUGACCUCGGUGACAGCGGGUGAAGAGAGUGGCGAGCAGCAACUGACAUCGACCACUAGCGGCAUCACGUCCGGUGAGGGAUCCAGCGAGGAACAGUCGUCAGUAACGACUCCAAGGAGCGAAGAAGUAACAACCACGACCACGAGCGGUGGUGGUUCCGGUGAGGUUUCUAGUGAAGUCAAUCGAACAUCCACAACCUACGUGGAGGUUGAGACGGUCAAGUACACGCCAACGGUGACGCCACCGACCACCAUCACCCUUCCGGAACUGUUUCCCAUCACCAAGUGGGAGUUUGUGAAUGGAACGAGGCGCACAACGGUCGAGAAACCACCAACGAGGAAGGUGUUCAAUGAGACGCUACAGGCGCUCGUCGUGGAGAAUGUACAGCCGGAAGUGACGACGGUGGCCAUGGCACCUCCUGGCCGGUUACCCAGCGGUUCCGUUGACCUCGAAGAUCUGAAGGCGAGCCGCGUGAACGCGACCACCAAUCUGCAGAACCUUUCGGACAUUUUCGAUACGUUGGCUUCGAAGCUUGGCAUUCAGCCGGAAGCAUCCGGUAAGCUGCCACCGUUCUCUUCACUCUCGAAGAUUAAGAACCAGUACCGGAACACGGUGAAUCGGACUGGUGCCGGUGGGGGACGACCUCGAACCACGACCACCACUGUGAUGCCAACGACAACAACAACAAUGAGGGUGAAGAGGAAGAAAACACGUCCUACGGUGCCGAGAACAACGACCAGCACCACGAGCACUCCAGCGUAUCGGACGCGAACGGAGAGCUAUCCGGAGACGACGACACCCCUGUCACGGGUCAUACCGACCGUCACGAACGAUGAGAUUGACGACGUGGUCCCGGUUAUGCUCGAGUCUUCCUCCGAAGUGUCCUCUUCCUCGGCCGCUGCCUCGUCUGAAGUGGUGGCCGUCGUCGGACAGGCGGAAGUGGAAGUCAUCGAUCCGAACCGCUACGAGGAAAUGCUCAACUCGUUGGCCAUUCCAUCGGGCAGCAGUCACCGGACGACAACCGUCGCACCACCCUCCACACUCGUCACGUUACUCCCGGUCAAGUCUAACUCGGGCAUUCGCAACUUCCGGCCGAAAACCAAACGACCAGCCUCGGCAUCGGCCAGUCUGCGUCGAGCGUCGACGGAACCGUCGGUGCCGGUGGCUCAUAAUCAGGACGAUAAAAAUGAAAGUCGCAAAAUGGCGGUCGGAGGCAAAUUAAUGAAUGCAAAUAAAACCGACGAUGAUGACAGCAGGCCACCGAGCGGGACCGGAACGGGUAGUGCUGUACCGGUGGCAGCAAGCGCCCAUGAGGAGCGAGGGGCAUCGCAAUCGCCGGCGGUCAGCACCAGCAAGCGGCACCCGGGAAGUAAUAAAAAUAACACGAUGGUUGAAACGGUGGUACGGGCCAGCAUGCGCUUCGACUCGUAA